AUGAAUGCACCUUCACUUCGUCUACUUGAUAAUUCUAUUUCAACAUCUAAAUAUUGUUAUCUGUUUGAAAAUCUUAACGGAACUUUACUGGAAUCAUCAUCAUCAUCAUCAUCAUCAUCAUCAUCAUCAUCAUCAUCGAUAAUUAAUAUAUCUUUACCUGUAUCUACACGACGUGUUAUCAGAUUUAAAAAACAACAAACAGUUGCUGCUAGCGAAUACCAACAACAUGUUGUGCUUGUUCAAAAUGAAGUUGUUUUCCAACAAUUACUUAAAGAAUGUAUUACUAAGACAAAACGAAUAGUGAUUGAAAAAAUGGAAGAUAUUGUUGAAGGUUCAUCAUCAAGAAAAAAUACUGAUUCAUCAUCAAUGCAAUGUCGGGUUAUUUCAAGUACAAUUACUGGUCAAAUUUACAACACCAUGGGUGAUGGAUGGCAAGAAUUAGCAGAUACAUUGCAUCAAUUGGCAGUAGCUCAUGGUGCCGUCAGUAAAAUCGAAUUGGAUGAUCCACGUGUCGGUGAUGUUUGGCUCGAUUUUUUUAUUGGAUAUGAUGAUGCUGGUGGUGCUAAAAAAUUCGUUAAACAACUUGAAGCUUUAAAUAAACUUCAACCAUUAAGUCAUAUUCGUGUGAUCGACUAUACUCCACGACCAUAUCCUCAACCACAACCAAUUGUUUGA